UCGACCAACAUUGCCGAUCCUAUCGCUGCUUCGAACUGGCGUGAAGCCAACAAAGCAUUGCUGCAAAGCGUACGGAACGUACGUUCCGCCAUUACACACGCUCCGGCCGUACCGGAGAUGCCGGAUCUAUCGCAGCUGCAGCUCGCCAGCGAAACCGUACCACCACCGAGGCCACCGUUGCCACGCGAGAACGUACCACCGAUGCGGCCACCACCACCACCGGCCGAAACCGACGAUGAGGAUGAUGUGUUCCAGGGUCACAUGCCGCACGCAAAUCAACCGAUCUUGAUGGCGGCCCACGGGCUACACCAGGAGGUACGUCAGUGGUCUUCGAAGGACAACGAAAUCAUUGCCGCGGCCAAGCGUAUGGCCGUGCUGAUGGCUCGCCUCUCGGAGCUGGUCCGGGCCGACUCGAAGGGUAGCAAGCGGGAGCUGAUUGCGACGGCGAAGAAGAUCGCGGAAGCUUCCGAGGAUGUGACGCGAUUGGCGAAGCAGCUGGCCCGUCAGUGCACGGACAAGCGUAUUCGCACAAACCUGCUGCAGGUGUGCGAGCGUAUCCCGACGAUCGGUACGCAGCUGAAGAUCCUGUCCACCGUCAAGGCGACCAUGCUCGGUGCCCAGGGUUCGGAGGAGGAUCGCGAGGCCACGGAAAUGCUUGUCGGCAACGCCCAGAACCUGAUGCAGAGCGUCAAGGAAACGGUUCGUGCGGCCGAGGGUGCCAGCAUCAAGAUCCGCUCGGAUCAAACCAAUCAACGACUACGCUGGGUACGUCGGCAGCCUUGGUAUCAGUACUAAAAACUAGUCCAUCACCCCACAAACCCGUCAUUCUGAUCCCCUUGUUGAGUUCUUCCUCGUGCGCUGUCGCUAAUCGAACGCAUCUUGUUCCGUGGUCAUGUGCUCUGUGUCCCGGCCUAUUUCGACAAUCGUUGCGAAGAUCACUGUUAGCCAUCGUUAAAGGUAAGCUUUUCAGCCGGAUUUUCCUCAACCGUGCAAGCGCGAGUGUGACAAAUGUUGCCAAAUAGAUGGAGAAAGGAGCAGAAUGAGGGAAUCAAUUCAUCACACAAGCACACACAUCCUGCCUGAUGCCGAGGCGUUGGAGUGUGGUUUUAGAACUUGCUUUUAUCUAGUGGUACCAGAACGGAGGAUGAAAACGACGUGGAGCAACGAGAUUUGGAUGAAACAUCAUCGAUACACAGCUUUAACACAUAGCGUUUUCUAUACUAAUUUGAUGUGAUCGUACGAUCGAUCGGACGCAGGCAACGACCACGACGAUGAAGACGAUGAUAGUUGAGAGAAAAAAGAACCGUUUGCCUUUAAGAAAUGCGCGCAAACGACUAACUAUUAGCUGUUACUCUUGUUAGUGGUGUCCAACUUGUAGAUUUUAAAAAUGCAAUUCAUAUUAACGGUUACUCACAAUCUUGUUAGGCAGUUAAAUGGAAGACGGACGAAUCGAAUCGAUUGUUUUAAAAUGAAAAAGUCCUGUGCGUGUGUGUGUAUGUAUGUGGUUGUUGGAACGCUGGUGCAGCGGGAAUGGCAUGAUCAGAUAGGCAAGCAGACAGGCAAGUUAGUUCAAAUGUAAGUUUUAGCGCGUUAAUGGCGCUCUCCCGUAACACUCUUUGUAGUUACUUUGUGUGAAGUAGGAAGCAGACGCUCCUUUCUUUAUCCCUUGUUCUCGAUCCUCCCUGUUUCUUUCACAUUACAAACUUACUCGAUCGCGAUCAUUUCGUUUCAUCACGUGCAAUAAUUAAUACGUCUCCGCACAAUCGUGGAGCACAUCGAUGCCGCAACAGCAACUAAACCUCAGUCAACCUCACUAUGAAAACGCCUAAUCUGGUAGUGAUACAUGUUUCAAUGGGCAGCAAUGUUUACUCGUUCUACUACUUCUACUACUUAAAAGCUUACACUAGGUAGUAAUAGUGCAUAAUACCCUGUGGAACCUGCACUAAGCGUUACACUAAAAUCGUGAAACUGUUAGAAUUGUCCCCCUGCUGAGUGUGUUUGUGUCUGAGUGUUCACGUGUGGUUGAUUGAGCGUUAAGUUUUCCGUUUAAUCCAUGGAGCUAAAAGCUACCGUCAGCUGGCCAAAACUGCUGUGUGACCACAAAAAACGCAACUGAAAUGAUAGAUAGAGAGUGAAGUUUGCAGGAAAGCUAAUUACAAUCAACGCAUUUUCGUAGAUGAAUUUAUAAGCCAAUUCGGUACGCACCGAUUACCGGCCCCACUACUACUCAUCGGAUGCAAUAGGAACGACCGAGCAAGCGAGAAUUGAUAAUCAUCACGAUCCUCAUGAAUCGACGAACGGCGCGGGGUUU